AAUUCCUGGUUUCCUUUUUUGUUUUUGAUUCCUCCCUCGAACUUCGAUCCCUCCUUAAAAUUGGUUUCUCCGAUCUCAUCACCUACCGGUUUUUUCUCUUUUAAAUGUCAAACUAUUUUUUUCAAAAAUUUAAAAUAGAAACAAGAAGAAGAAGAAAUUCGUCCUAACUUUACAGAGAAGAUGAAAAAAGUGAAUUUGAUUUCUGAGGCUUCUUCAAUAGAUAGAUAGAAAGAAAAAGCGCGAAACAGCAAUCACAGAACCCAGUCUUGCUCGAUCUACAGCCUUCUUCGAAUCCCCGGGCCCCACGCGCCGCCGUGAUGGUUGUGAACGAGCGGCCUCUGAAGCGGAUGAAGAGGCGGAUUACGGCGGAUCUCAACGACUUCUUCACCUCCCCUUCCUCCUCCUCGACCUCCUCGCCGGAGCCUACCGGGCCUUUCAGGACCGCCGUCAGGGAGUUCCUCUCCAACCAUGCGCUGGUUCCUCCGCCGUCGUCGCUCUUCCCUCACCUGAUGACGUGGCAGGUCCACUUCCGGGUCGGCGACGCUGCGGAUCAGCUCGCGGCGGACGGUCCGGAUGCGUUUGCUCCGCCCGUCGUGUGCCUCGAUAUCGUCGAGGAGGACGUCGCCAGAUCUCGAAACGUCUAUUGUGAUCAGUGCCGAGUUGUCGGAUGGAGUGGUCAUCCAGUUUGCGGGAAACGUUAUCAUUUUAUUAUCAAGGCUGAUGGUAAUUCCAUUGGUGGGUAUCACAAGCCUUGUAUAUGCUGUGGAGAUGUUGUGCAUAUCUACGAAUCCAAGUGCAAAUCUUGCAACCUUGAAGCAAGUACAAAGGACGUUGAAGAUUGGGUGUACAAUCAAUUAGAGAACACAAACCAUCUUCUGCAUGGAGUGGUCCAUUCAAAUGGUUUUGGACACCUUCUCAGGGUAAAUGGAAGGGAAGGUGGCUCGAGGAUGCUUUCUGGAUGUCAUAUCAUGGACUUUUGGGAUCGGCUCUGUAAAGUUCUUGGUGUGAGAAUGGUCAGUGUGAUGGAUGUGUCAAAGAAGUAUGGGCUGGAGUAUCGGCUACUUCAUGCAAUUAUCAAAGGACAUCCAUGGUAUGGUGAUUGGGGUUAUGAAUUUGCUACUGGUAGUUUUGCUCUCACUCUUGAUGCCUAUAAUUUAGCUGUUGAAAAACUCUCUACUUUACCCCUGUCCAUAUUCCUUGCUCAACCUCGAAUUCCAUCUUGCAUCCGUGAGCUCAUCUUGCAAUACCAGUCCCUAUCAGAUCGGGAGCUUUUGAAUAUAAAAGAUCUCUUUGGUUUCUUAAUUAAAUUGAUUCAUGAUGCUCCCAAGCGUUCUUCAAGAGUUGAUGAUGCCAUGAGCAAGAAGCGACGAGCUUCUGGAGUUCUGUAUUCUUGGACGAAGACUGACGUUGAAUGUGUAGAAGAGGCCAUGGUCAAGGUGCUACGUGCAGUUACUGGGUUGACUUGGGUAAAUCAACGUAAUCUUAGGAAAGCCAUAUACAAGGGUCAGCCACCCGAUCUCCUGGAUUAUUGCCUCAACGACCUUGGAGGAAAAAUGGUAGCAGAUGGGAUCUUCGUUAAUUCGAGACGCAAUGCUGAUGGUGAUUUGGAGUACAGACUCGAGGCUGGAAACAGCCCAUCAAAUGACUCUUCCACCUCUAAAUGCCUAUCAGAAGAAAAUCUUGUUCUGGACAUGCGCUUUUUAUAUGAGUUGAUGCUUCACCCCCAAACUAUGAUGAAAGAUGUGCCUCGAGGAACAAGAGAUCUUGCAGUCAGCUGUGCUGAAAAGCUACUUGACUGCAAGCAGUUUGUGAAAGACUACAAGCCUGAAAAGAUGUCAAUCAAUGACCCUUCUGUUAUAUGUCUUUUAUGUAGAGUUGAACUUACAGACGAGUUGGAAGAAUAUGCCUCUCUGGAUCCCCCUGCUGAACUGAUUGUUCUAUCUAAUGCUACUGUAUCUGAUCUCAAGCUUGCAGCAUCAAAAGCUUUUCAAGAUGUAUAUUUGGUCUUGAAAAGGUUUCAAGCUGAAGAGUUGGCUGACUAUGGCGGUGUUGAUGAAUCCACCCAGGUCAAGAAGUUGCUAGGGUCAGCAGAGUACGUUCAGGUGCGAGGGCGGUGCAAUGCAAAGAGUGGAUGGAGUAAGUUUAGUAUGGAGAGAGGGCUGGAGGGGUGGACAGUGGAGUGCAGCUGUGGAGCAAAGGAUGAUGACGGAGAGAGAAUGAUGGCUUGUGAUCGUUGUGGUGUGUGGCGGCACACUCGAUGUUCUGGAAUCCCAGACUCUGAUUUGGUUCCUGCAAACUUUGUUUGUCAAGGAUGCAAAAGCUCAGUUUCAGUAACAAAAAGCGCCGGACCUUGCAAGGAUGAGGUGGUUGCCAAGGUUGCUGGUGAAAGCUACUCCUUUGGUAAUGGUUUGACUGCCCCUCCUGACGUUCGCUGAGAUUAUUUUAUUUUCAUUGUCAAUAAGUAAUUGGUUUGAUUUUAUCAUUUUCUUCGAACGAGAGUUAAUCCCCAAAUGACGAUGUACAUAUAACCCCUAGGGCUUUUAGAGUUUUUCAAAUUUAUAAUUUCCUACUUCUCUUCCUCUGUAUAUAUUCCUUCCAUGGCCAACAAAAGAGAAGUUGAAAAGUUGGAACAUAGCAGAAAGAAAAAAAAAAGGAUCAAUGUUUUAUAUUUCCUUGUCUAUUUUCUGAUCAUGUUGCUGAUUGCCCAAGGGAUUGGAGCGUAUGUUAAAAAAAU